AGUACUAGUACCAGUACUACUAGUACUAGUACCAGUAGUACUACUAGUAGUACUAGUACCAGUACUACUAGUACUGGUACUAGUACUACUGGUACUAGUACCAGUAGUACUAGUACUAGUACCAGUAGUACUAGUACUACUAGUACCAGUAGUACUAGUACCAGUAGUACUAGUACUACUAGUACCAGUAGUACUAGUACUACUAGUACCAGUAGUACUAGUACUACUAGUACCAGUAGUACUAGUACUACUAGUACCAGUAGUACUAGUACUACUAGUACCAGUAGUACUACUGGUACCAGUAGUACUAGUACUACUAGUACCAGUAGUACUACUGGUACCAGUAGUGCUAGUACUACUAGUACCAGUAGUACUACUGGUACCAUUAGUACUAGUACUACUAGUACCAGUAGUACUACUGGUACCAGUAGUACUAGUACUACUAGUACCAGUAAUACUAGUACUACUAGCACCAGUAAUACUAGUACUACUAGCACCAGUACUGGUAGUAGUACUAGUACUGGUAGUACUAGUGCUACUAGUACUGGUAGUACAAGUACUACUAGUACUGGUAGUACUAGUAGUAGUACUAGUACUAGUAGUACUAGCACUACUAGUAGUACUAGUAGUACUAUUAGUAUUAAUACUAAUAUUACUAUUAGUAGUACUAGUAGUAGUACUAUUAGCACCAGCACUUUCAGCGGCAGUCUUCAAACUGCUUCAGUCUAAAAGUAUCAAUAAACGUUGGUCUAUAAGUCAUGGGAAUCACUUACAUUUUCAAACGUACAGUGUAGCUGUAAUGAGUGGAGGGUUGGGAGAGACUUCUCUUACACUAACAUGACCUCAACUAUCUUGUCACGUAGCUACAUUGUUACCUUUUAGCAUAAAUCCUUGAUAUAUAUCUUGAUUUCUUCUUUUCAUCUGCCUUUUCUAUAUACAAAGCCUAUAUCUCCAUCAGCAUGACCCCCCCCCCUCUCAUAACCUCAACCCCUCCCCCUCCACCACUACAUCUACAUCAGUGCCUGUUACUCACCUUAAAUCUCUCUCUCUCUCUCUUUCUCUUUCUCUCAUUCUCAAACUUUGCAAUGUCAGUAUUACACACACAUCCCACAGCAACAGCCUUCACAGAUUCUAGAAUUACGUUUAAAUGACUUCAUUCAAUGACACAAACCCCAAGCCAAUGUAAAUUAAGUCUUCUAAUGGGGCACUGAGAGUGAAUGCUAUGUUUUAGCUGCUGGAGCUGAAUACAGAAUACAAUCAAGUCUCUCGAUCGAGUGAAAAAUGAGUCAGGGACUUUGGUGGGGGUAGCAAUUAUGCAGGAAAAUGUUACGUUCAAGGAACACAGUAAUGAUACAAUCUCAGCUGAAAACACGAUAAGCUGCAUAGCAAAAAGUUCUAUACAAUCGAUGUCAAGCCAAUCGUGAUUCUGUUUGAGGUACUUGCACUCUAUACACCGUAGUACCGACGCACACUAACAGCCAUUUUUAAGGCUGGCAAAAUUGUGGAUGUCAAGAGUGUAGGGAAAACUAUCACAGCCUGUUUAAAUUCAAACACUUAAAUUAUUGAUAAUACUGGAGGGAGACUUUAAUAAGAUACUUAAUAAGAAUAAUGGAUCUUUUCCAGUGGAAGAGGAACAACCAUUACGACUCUUAAGGGUCUUCAGAAGGAACCUUGACAAGAUUCUUUAACCAGUUCCUGUUCCUGUUGAGAGAACAAGACGUUGGG